AAUCCAGUCUAGCCCCCUCCUCUCUCUCCUCCCUCCUUCCUGUUCACUCCSCUACCCUUGGCUGGCAGACCGACUGACGCACCACUGUGUACCAGGCCCUGUUGUUAGAACCCACCCAGCCAUAGCCCUGACUGUGGUGGUCUAGCUCUCUCCGUUUCUCUCUAUUGCUCGGUGCGGAUACUCCCUGCAUGGAUACACUGAGGGAGGCUGUUAGCUGAUAUUAACGGAAGGAAAAAUAUCAAGGAGGAACCCACUGCGGUUGUUGAAUUCGAGGUGGUUUGGUGUCAGGUAUCUACCUGGCGACAAGCCCCUCCCCUCCUGACUGAACUCCUCUAUAAACACGUCGCCCCCCACUGACAGGAAGCAUGGCGGGGGCUUCAGUGAAAGUGGCGGUCCGGGUCCGUCCCUUCAACUCUCGAGAGAUCGGGAAGGAGAGCAAGUGCAUCAUCCAGAUGACAGGGAACACCACAACGAUCCUAAACCCCAAACAGCCGAAGGAGAACAAGAGCUUCAACUUCGACUACUCCUACUGGUCACAUACCACGCCGGACGACAUCAACUAUCAUUCACAGAAGCAGGUGUACAAAGACAUUGGAGAGGAGAUGUUGCUGCAUGCCUUUGAGGGCUACAACGUGUGUAUCUUUGCAUAUGGCCAGACUGGAUCUGGGAAGAGCUACACCAUGAUGGGCAAGCAGGACCAGAAGGACCAGCAAGGCAUUAUCCCCCUGCUUUGUGAGGACCUCUUCACCAAGAUCAGUGACAGCAAUACUGACAACAGCUUGUCCUACUCCGUAGAGGUGAGCUACAUGGAGAUCUACUGUGAGCGUGUGCGUGACCUGCUGAACCCGAAGAACAAAGGGAACCUGCGUGUGAGAGAGCACCCCCUGAUGGGGCCCUACGUGGAGGACCUGUCCAAACUGGCCGUCACCUCCUACAACGACAUCCAGGACCUGAUGGAGUCUGGCAACAAGGCCAGGACGGUGGCAGCCACUAACAUGAACGAGACCAGCAGCCGCUCUCACGCUGUCUUCAACAUCAUCUUCACUCAGAAGAAACACGACAUGGAUUCAGAGAACACGUCUGAGAAGGUGAGCAAGAUCAGCCUGGUGGAUCUGGCUGGGAGUGAGAGAGCUGACUCUACAGGAGCCAAAGGAACCAGGCUGAAGGAAGGAGCAAAUAUCAACAAAUCUCUAACCACACUGGGAAAAGUCAUCUCUGCUUUAGCUGAAGUGGACACGGCACCAAAUAAGAACAAGAAGAAGAAGAAAGUGGAGAACCAUAUCCCAUACAGAGACUCAGUGCUGACCUGGCUGCUGAGAGAGAACCUGGGGGGUAACUCUCGCACUGCCAUGGUGGCAGCCCUCAGCCCUGCUGAUAUCAACUAUGACGAGACCCUGAGCACCCUCAGGUAUGCAGACCGCGCUAAGCAGAUCCGCUGUAACGCUGUUAUCAACGAGGACCCCAACAACCGUCUGGUGCGUGAGUUGAAGGAGGAGGUGUGUCGCCUCAAGGACCUCCUCUAUCCGGCUGUCAAUCAAAUGGGUGAUCUAUCCACAGUGACCAAUGCCAUGACUGGGAUGAGCCCCUCUCCCUCACUCUCUGCUCUGUCCAGCCGCACGGGCUCCAUGGCAAACCUGCACGACCGCAUCUUCAGCCCCGCCUCCGAGGAGGCCAUAGAGAGACUCAAGGAAACAGAGAAAAUCAUUGCAGAGCUCAAUGAGACAUGGGAGGAGAAGCUGCGCCGUACUGAAGAUAUCCGGAUGCAGAGGGAAGCCCUACUGGCUGAGAUGGGUGUGGCCAUGAGAGAAGAUGGAGGCACCGUGGGCGUGUUCUCCCCCAAGAAGACCCCUCACCUGGUGAACCUAAACGAGGACCCAUUGAUGUCUGAGUGCUUACUCUACUACAUCAAAGAUGGGACCACCAAGGUGGGUCGUGAGGACGCCAGAAGUCGCCAGGACAUUGUGCUCAGCGGCCAUUUUAUCCAGGACGAGCACUGCACCUUCAGCAGCACCACAGGCCCCGGGGGAGAAGGGAACGUCAUCCUGGAGCCCUGCGAGGGGGCGGAGAUCUAUGUCAACGGGAAACUGGUGACCACGCCUACUCUGCUUCGCUCAGGGAACCGCAUUAUCAUGGGGAAGAGCCAUGUGUUYCGCUUCACUAACCCGGAGCAGGCGCGACAGGAGCGGGAGAGGACGCCCUGUGCUGAGACCCCCGUGGAGCCCGUGGACUGGGCCUUCGCCCAGAGUGAGCUGCUGGACAAACAGGGCAUCGACAUGAAGCAGGAGAUGGAGUCAAGGCUUCARGAGUUAGAAGAUCAGUACCGCAGAGAACGAGAGGAGGCCAGUAACCUUCUGGAACAACAGAGACUGGACUAUGAGAGUAAACUGGAGGCCCUGCAGAAACAGGUGGACAGAAACUCCCGUUGCCUGGAGCCCCCAGAGGAAGAGGAGGAGCCUGAGGAAGAAGUUCCAUGGACCAAGUGUGAGACGGAGCUUGCACUGUGGGCAUUCCGUAAGUGGCGUUUCUACCAGUUUACCUCCCUCAGGGACCUGCUGUGGGGAAACGCCAUCUUCCUCAAGGAAGCCAACGCCAUCAGUGUGGAGCUCAAGAAGAAGGUCCAGUUCCAGUUUGUGCUGCUGACCGACACACUGUACUCCCCACUGCCCCCGGACCUGCUGCCCCCCAGCGUGACCAAGGAGAGGGAGAGACAGCCCUUCCCCCGCACCAUCGUAGCAGUGGAGGUCCAGGACCAGAAGAACGGGGCCACACACUACUGGACCCUGGAGAAACUCAGGCAGAGGCUGGACCUGAUGAGGGAGAUGUACGACCGUGCGGCGGAGGUGCCUAGCAGCACUGUGGAGGACUGUGACCAGGCCCUGACCGGGGGAGACCCCUUCUAUGACCGCUUCCCAUGGUUCCGUCUGGUGGGCAGGGCCUUUGUGUACCUGAGUAACCUGCUGUACCCCGUGCCCCUGGUGCACCGUGUGGCCAUCGUCAGUGAGAAGGGAGAGGUGAAGGGCUUCCUCAGGGUGGCAGUCCAGGCCAUCUCAGCUGAUGAAGAAGCCCCAGACUAUGGUUCUGGUGUCAGACAGUCAGGAACUGCCAAGAUCUCCUUUGAGGACCAACAGUUUGAGAAGUUCCAGACAGAGUCGUGUUCUGGCAGCAUGUCCCACUCUAACACCUCCCAAGAGGAGCUCCGCUUUGUUGAGGGGGAGGGACAGACCUCUGACAUAGGAGCUGACCCUGACGAGGUCAACAACAACACCUGUGCUGGUGAGGGCAUCUUAGUCAUCAUCUUCAUCAUCAUCACACCUGAUUUCUUCAUCCACCGACAUGACGAGGCGUUCUCCACUGAGCCACUGAAGAACACUGGCAGGGGACCUCCUCUGGGAUUCUACCAUGUACAGAAUAUCACGGUAGAGGUCACCAAGUCGUUUGUGGAGUAUAUCAAGACCCAGCCCAUCGUCUUCGAGGUGUUUGGUCACUACCAGAAACAGCCGUUCCCACCUCUCUGCAAAGACCUCAUCAGUCCCCUUCGACCUUCUAGGAGGCAAUUCCCGAGGGUCAUGCCCUUGUCUAAACCAGUGCCGGCCACCAAGCUAAACACCUUGACUCGCUCCAUGGCAGGCCCAUGUCACUCCAAAUAUGACCUCAUGGCCUUCUUUGAGAUCUGUGAGCUAGAGGCCAACGGAGACUAUAUCCCUUCAGUGGUGGACCACAGAGGUGGCAUGCCUUGCCAUGGAACCUUCCUCCUUCACCAGGGCAUCCAGAGGAGAAUCACAGUUACCAUAGCACACGAGACAGGAAAUGACGUAGAGUGGAAGGAGGUCAAGGAGCUGGUGGUGGGGCGUAUCCGGAAUACUCCGGAGGCUGACGAGACCAUCAUUGACCCAAACAUCCUCUCCCUCAACAUCUUGUCUGCAGGCUACGUCUGGCCCUCGUAUGACGACAAUGUUUCCCUGGGAGUUGACCAUAGGACGUUUUACCGGUUUGAGGCAGCAUGGGACAGCUCCAUGCACAACUCCCUCCUUCUGAACCGCGUCACUCCCUAUGGAGAGAAGAUCUACAUCACCCUCUCAGCCUACCUAGAGAUGGAGAACUGCACCCAGCCGACGGUGAUCACCAAAGACUUCUGUAUGGUGUUCUACUCCCGUGACGCCAAGCUCCCCGCCUCUCGCUCCAUUAGAAACCUUUUCAGCACCGGCUGCCUAAGGCCCUCAGAGAGUAACCGUGUCACUGGAGUSUAUGAAGUCAGUCUCUGCCAUGUCGCUGAYGCCGGAAGUCCAGGCAUGCAGCGGCGGCGCCGGCGCGUCUUGGACACCUCAGUGGCAUACGUCCGUGGAGAGGAGAACCUGGCUGGGUGGAGGCCCCGUAGCGACAGCCUCAUCCUGGACCACCAGUGGGAGCUGGAGAAACUCAGCCUGCUGCAGGAGGUAGAGAAGACCAGGCAUUACCUGCUACUGCGGGAGAAACUAGAGGCCACCCUGGCCGCGGGGCAGGACGCGCUCUGCAAGAGUGGCGACAUCAGCGACUUUGCCAAGAGCCCCAUCCUCAGCUACAGCCUCGGGGGCAGUCCUGCCCUGGAAAGCCCCAGCCAGAGGCAAAGGGAGCUGGCUGCCAAGUGUCUGCGGUUGCUCAUGCACACCUUCAACAGGGAGUACAGCCAGGUGAGCAGCAGUGCCAGUGAGAGCAAGCUGUCUGAGAUGUCAGCGUUGCUGAUGUCACCGUCCUCUUCUGGUCUGAGCACGCUAACGCCGUCCUCUACUUGCCCCUCAUUGGUGGAGGGACAUUAUGACAUCAGACACAUUGAGCCCAGCUCUGGAGCUUCAACCCCAGACCUGGACCCCUUUAGCCCUGUAGAUAGGAAGAGGAUCCCGGGUAGAGGCWGCACUUUCGUCCCUGACAUCCAGGAGAUCCGCGUCAGCCCCAUCGUGUCGAAGAAAGGCUACCUGCACUUCCUGGAGCCUCACACCAGUGGCUGGGUGAAGCGCUACGUGGUGGUACGCCGGCCCUACGUCUACCUGUAYCGCAACGAGAGGGACAAUGUGGAGCGCGCUGUCAUCAACCUCUCCUCUGCCCAGGUGGAAUACAGCGAGGACAAGCAGACUCUGCUCCGGACUCCAAACACAUUUGCAGUGUGCACCGAGCAUCGUGGAAUACUUCUCCAAGCCAGUAAUGACAAGGAGAUGCACGACUGGCUGUAUGCUUUUAACCCCCUGCUCGCCGGAACUAUCAGGUCUAAGCUCUCCAGAAGAAAGUCAGGCCCAAGGAUGUGAGAGAGAGGAACACGCGCGGGGGGGGGAGAAAACAAAAAA